AUGUCAAGGCACAGUUGGCUGUACAGUAUUGCUUUGACGGUGCUUCUAGUGGCCACCAGCCUUUGUGAAGCAGAGGACUCCGGAGGCCGCACGGAUGGUGCCACAACGCGUCUAGUCUCGGAUCUUGGCUACCGGCGGGCUGGCCAGAAGGCACAUCCCAGGCGGCGGGCACUUGAGGUGGACUUCCCCGGCGAUGCCGAAGUUCCCCCGCCCGCGGCAGCGGUGGCCACCGCAGCGGACCUGGUGCAGGCCUUCCUGAGUGGCAACUCCGCUGCAGACCACUCCUUCCUCUCAGGGCACUACACCGCUGCAACUGCGGCAGAGGACGCGUCUGCGGCAGCGUUCCCGGCACCCGGGCCGGCAUCCACUGCUGCCGCGCCGGCACCGGCCGAGUCCGGCACCGGCGCGCCGGAUCCAAAUUCGAAUUCAAACGUCGGAGGCGCGGCGGCGGAUGGCUGGCGCCAGGGAGGCGCGGAGGCGCCGGGGUCGGCGGAUGAGUCACUGACAGGGGGUGAGGUGGAGGCUGGGGAGUCAAUGUGCGCGGGUCUGCAGGGCGAUCCCUCCGAGUGGCUGCGCAGCGGCGGCGCCCGGGGCUACCUCUGUGCCGUGCAGAAAAUGACCCACUCGAGCGAUGACGAAUUCUCAUACUCCUUCCGGCCGCCUCCGAGCGCGCCGUGGUCCGUGGCGAGGCAGGCAGUUCCCCGGGACCUGGCUUCGCUGCUGCGACAGAAGCUGGCCGCUGAGAGCUCCUGGCAGGACCGCAAUGGUAGCUUGCAUGCGGCGUCCGUGUCCAAUUUCCUGGCCAUUCCCGCCGACACCGCAUACAGAAACCCACAGCAAGCAUUGGCGCUCAUCGCUGCCACUGCGGCUGACGCUGUGGAGCAGGCGAGACUGUCCAUGGUGAUGUCCGGCAGCGGUGUCAUGGAGUUUGUUCCGGACCCCUCAAAGCCGGGGUUGCUGAUCGGCAGCGAUUUCACUGCAUUCUUCACUGCCACGGUGAACGACCAGUCUGUGCGCGGGGUGCGGCUGCGGCCGGGGAAUUACAUCGUCAACGCGGGGGGAAAUUCCGACGCGCAUUUGAUCUUCCUCUGCAACCCCCGCAACCGCCGCCGCACGCCCUUCACCGUUGACCUGAGCGGCAGCACACUCGUCUUUCAGGACAUAAAGAAGGCGGGUUUCAGCAUUGCGGAUUGUGUGAACGUGGAGUUCACGGGGCCCGUUACGGCGCACCACGCGCUUUAUGCCCUGCCCUUCACCCAGGGCACCAUCACAGACAUCACCAACGACACCGUACAAGGCUACACCUGGACCGUCCAGAUUCACGACGGCUACCCGACGGAUUCGAUGAUGGACCAGAAGAGCACUCGAGAGAGUUAUUUGCUGCGCUACGAUGGAGCAACGAGGAAGCUGGUGGACAAUUACUACGACGCAUGGCCCAACGCGAUUAGUAAGGUCUCGCCGGGCACGUACAAAUUCGCGUUUGAAAUUGCGCUUCCGGAGGCCAAACUCGGCGACCUCAUAGCGCUGAGGGGAAUCUAUGCGCACGGCAUAAUGCUGACACGCUGCACCAACGUGACGAUCGCAAACAUAACCAUGCACAACGUUGGCAUGUUCUUCAUCAUUGAUUGGAGCGGCCACGGCAACCGGUUUGUGGACAACACUCUCUCGCCAUACCCGGGCCCGAUAGGCAACGGGCAGCAGCCGGCGCUGCUUUCGAGCAAUGGAGACGGUAUUCACAGCGUGGGAGCAACUUUUGGGCCCCUGAUUGAGCGCAACACUCUCGCCAACAUGGGGGACGAUGCCAUCUCCAUUCACGGCAUGUUCAUCCUCGUGGUCAAGGUGAAUCAAGGCAACAGCAGCUUCACGGUGGCGGCAGGGAACGCCAACUCGCUGGGGGUCGGCUCCAGAAUAGGCGUCUAUGAAGGGGACCAGUUACUACUCCUGGGAUAUACUAAUAUCACUGCCGUCAGAGAGGUGCCGAAUCCUCUCCCUCCGGCCAUGCGGAGCAGGGUGGCAAUCAGAAAGAAUCUCACCAGCUCCAAGUUCUUCGAGGUGAGCGUGGAUAAUUGGCCAAAGGCAUUCCAGGCGAUGCGCUUUGACAGCCUGAUUACUAAUGUUGAGCUGGAGGGCUCGGGAUUUGUCAUCCGCGAUAACGUCAUUAUGAAUAAUCGCGGGCGGGGCAUGCAGAUCAAGGCCGGCAACGGCGUCAUCGAACGCAACACCAUCAUUGGCCCCGCCUGGUGGGGCAUGCAGGUCAUGCCAGAGGCGAGCUGGAUGGAGUCAGACUGGGCGCGCAACCUGCGCAUAUCCGACAACUUUGUCCAAGCCAGUUACGGCGGCAUAUUCGUGGGCUUGAUCCGACGCAGCGAUCUGGGUUCAGGGCAGUACCUAAUGCACGACGGGAUCACUAUCACAGGCAACACCGUCGUAGACGCGGCCUACGCUCCGAUACUAGUCACCUCUGCCAAGGGGGUAGUCAUCGGAGGGAAUACCGUCAAAAACUGCCUCUGCCGCCUGCCCGGCCCGGGGCAGGGCUUCGGGUGGAUCACCUCGGGGGCGCUGAUAUUUGCGGAGAACGUUCAGAAUGUCUCGUUUUCCCCUGUCAAUACUUUUAUUAACGACGCCGGAUGCGCGUACGGCGACUACGCUCGGCCGAUCGCCCUGGGCAAGAACGCUGUCGACGUGGAGCUGGAUUUCUAA